AUGAGAGAAUUAGCCGAAAUACAGCGGAUAUUAAUAUGUAGUAUUGGGAAUCCAGGUGAAGCUUAUCGACUUACAAGACAUAAUCUGGGACAUUAUGUUUUGGAAGAAAUUCGAAAAUAUUUUGGGUUUUCAGUGUUUAAAAAGCAUUUACUAGUCUCUGGAUCAUAUGCAGAAAAACGAGAUACACCGUUUUUGUUGUUUCGGCCAGAUAUUUAUGUGAAUAAAUCAGGUAUAGCAAUAUACAGGGCAUGGUCUAAAUUUUGUGAGAAUCUUGCAAUUCAUGAAAGGGAAAAUCGUUUUCUUGUAGUUAUUCAUGAUGAUAUUGAAGAAAAAUUUGGUAUUCUUAAGGUAAAAAAUUGUGGAAAGGGAAGAGGUCAUAAUGGUAUAAAAUCAUGUAUUGAAUCAUUAGGUACAGAAUCAUUUAUUCGUUUCUCAAUAGGAUUAGGAAGGCCUCCAACACGAAAAUCUAAAGAUGUAAUCAACUUUGUGAUGCAAAAUUUAUCAGAACAAGAGCUUAACUAUGUUCAUGAAAGAACUAUUCCAGAAGUAGUCAAGGAGAUUUAUAAACUAAUAGAGAAAAUUAAAAACUAUUAG